GCCUCGCAGCAGACUGCCCGAAAUCGGCGCAGCGGCGAGUUUCUGUCGUCCGCAGGCUGCCGCUGAGGCCGCGUCCCCGCAGAGAUUAAACUCCUGAGAGUCUCAGCAAGUCAGGGAUCCAUCUCUAGUUGCUAUAGGUGCAUAUCUGCACCUCUUCUGGGAGAAGAUAAAGGCUGUUUCCAGCUAUGCAACAUUUUUCGAUCCCAUGACAUGGAAAUUGACCAGUGCUUGCUGGAGUCCCUCCCUCUGGGCCAGCGGCAGCGGCUGGUGAAGCGCAUGCGCUGCGACCAAAUAAAGGCGUAUUACGAGCGAGAAAAAGCCUUGCAGAAGCGGGAGGGUUACGCAAAGAAGCCGAAACAUGGAAAGAACCACCAGGUUCAUUUCAAUCUUGCCGAUACGAUACAGGAUGCGAUCGUACGUCAUGAUGAUAAAGAAGUGCUACGGCUAUUGAAGGACGGUGUUGACCCUCAUACACUCAUUUCCUCAGGAGGCUCCUUGCUCCAUCUGUGUGCCCGCUAUGAUAAUGCAUUUGCUGCAGAAAUUCUAAUUGAUAGAGGAGUAAAUGUAAAUCAUCAGGAUGAGGAUUUUUGGACAUCAAUGCACGUAGCCUGCGCGUGUGAUAAUCCUGAUAUUGUCCUGCUACUGCUACUAGCUGGAGCAAAUGUGCUGCUGCAAGAUGUUAAUGGAAACAUUGCACUUGAUUAUGCCAUAGAAGGGACCGAAUCCAGCAGCAUCCUUCUGAUGUACUUAGAAGAAAAUGGUGUAGAUCUCAAUUUGUUGCGCCAGAUGAAGAUACAGAGACCUAUGACAAUGCUUAUGGAUGUCCGACAACUCAUAUCAAGUGGGGGAAAUGUGAAUCAAAAGAAUGAUGAAGGAGUUACGCUGCUUCAUGUGGCCUGUGCAAAUGGAUAUAAGAAUGUGGCAUCUCUGAUUCUGGAUCAUGGGGCUGAUCUCAAUGUUGUGGAUAAUCAGUACUGGACCCCCCUGCAUUUAGCUGCAAAGUAUGGGCAGACAAACCUUGUGAAGCUGCUUUUGAUGCACUGGGCAAAUCCCAAUCUUCUUAACUGCAAUAACGAAAAGCCUUCAGAUAUUGCAGCUUCUGAGUUUAUUGAGGAAAUGCUUCUAAAGGCUGAAAUUGUCUGGGAGGAAAAAAUGAAAGAUCCUUUAUCUGUUUCUACUUUAUCUCAAGAAGAGCCAUAUGAAGAGAUCAUCCACGAUCUGCCCACGCUUUCCAAUAAACUCAAUCCCCUGGCUUUACCGAUUGCCAAGCAAGACAGCUUGCUGGAGAAAGACACCAUGUUUAAAGAUGCAGCUAAAGGUUUAUGUAAGCAGCAAUCUCAAGACAGUGAACCUGAAAAUGUCGCGGUGAAUGGUACAACCAAACUUGAACAGAUCAAGCUAAUGCCUCCAGCCCCAAAUGAUGACCUGGCUUCUUUGAGUGAGCUAACAGACAGCAGCCUGCUUUACGAGAUUCAGAAGCGUUUCAAUAAUAAUCAGAUAUAUACCUACAUUGGUGAUAUACUGUUGCUUGUUAACCCAUUUAAAGAACUUCCUAUUUAUUCUACCAUGGUCAUCCAACUUUAUUUAAGCAACUCUGGAAAACUGUGUUCAUCGCUUCCCCCACAUAUAUUUUCCUGUGCUGAAAGAGCUUUCCACAUGCUAUUCCAGGAGCAGCGUCCCCAGUGCUUUAUCCUCAGCGGAGAAAGUGGUUCUGGAAAGACCGAAGCCUGCAAACAGAUAGUGAAGCACCUCACUUGCCGAGCCAGCUCCAGCAGAAACACCUUUGAUACCAAGAUAAAACAUGUAAACUGUAUUUUGGAGGCCUUUGGACAUGCUAAGACACCCCUGAAUGAUUUGACCAGCUGUUUUAUCAAAUAUUUUGAGCUGCAAUUUUGUGAGAAGAAGAAAACAGUAGCUGGAGCUAGGAUUUAUACAUACAUGUUGGAGAAGUCUCGUGUCAUUCUGCAACCUCUCAACCAGAGCAAUUUUCAUGUUUUUUAUUUGAUGGUGGAUGGGCUGUCUGCUGAAGAAAAGUGCACCCUGUACCUCAGUAAUUUGUCUGCACACAGGUAUCUAAGCUGGACCGUACUGGAAGAGACAAUGGUAACAGCCAACCCUCAAAACAAGGAGAAAUUAGCUGUGCUAAAACAAGCUCUAAGUGCUGUGGGAUUCAAUAGCCUGGAAGUGGAGAACCUGUUUGUAAUUCUCGCCGCAGUCCUGCAUCUUGGAGACAUCCGGUUUACUGCUCUGACAGACGCUGAGACAGCGUUCGUGUCGGACCUGCAGCUCCUGGAACAAGUGGCAGGAAUGCUGCAGGUUUCACCAGAUGAACUUGCUUCAGCCUUAACAACUGAUGUUCAGUAUUUUAAAGGAGACAUGAUUGUACGGAGACAUACCAUAGAGAUUGCAGAAUUUUACCGGGAUCUGUUGGCAAAAUCUGUAUACGGUCGUUUAUUUAGCUUUUUAGUCAACACAAUCAACUGCUACCUCCAAAAUCAAGAUGAGAAUGGCAGUGACCAGGUAUUUGAAAUUGGGAUACUGGAUAUUUUUGGAUUUGAAGAAUUCCAAAAGAAUACUUUUGAACAGCUAUGUGUCAACAUGACCAAUGAGAAGAUACACCAGUAUAUCAAUGAAGUGCUUUUCCUACAAGAGCAAGCCGAAUGUGUACAAGAGGGAGUUACCAUGGAAACAGUGUAUUCUCCUGGUAACCAUACUGCAGCCUUGGAUUUUUUCUUUCAGAAGCCAUCAGGCUUUUUGUCAAUGCUGGAUGAAGAAAGCCAGUCUAUUUGGUCAAUGGAACAGAGUCUUUCUAAACGUGUUCAGUCUUACCUGGAUUCAUCAGACACAAAUACAGUAUAUUCCUCCACAAAAGAUGGAAAUGGUAACCUUGCCCCAAAGGAUCAGAGCUCCACUUUCACUAUUAUGCAUUAUGCUGGGCGGGUUACUUACGAAAUUGCUGGCUCAAUAGAAAAAAAUAAAGAUUCCCUUUCACAAAAUCUCCUAUUUGUAAUGAAAACCAGUGAAAAUAUAGUCAUCAAUCAGUUGUUCCAGUCCAAGCUGACACAAACUGGAUCGCUUGUUCCUCCAUAUCAUUCUCUUAAAAUCAAAGGAUGUAAAGCAACUUUGCUCAGUAAAAAGCCACCAAUGGCCUAUGCAAGCAGAGAAGCAAAAAAGUAUAUGGAGUUCAGCAAGCUGUUGAAAAAGAAAGGAACUUCCUCAUUUCUUCAGAGACUGGAACGAGGGGGCCCAACCACUGUGGCAGCACAGCUCAGGAAAUCCCUCACAGAUAUUAUUGGGAAGCUGCAGAACUGCACACCCCAUUCUGUUCAUUGUAUAAAACCUAAUAACUCUAAGUCGCCAGAUACUUUCGACAAUUUUUAUGUGUCUGCUCAGCUGCAGUAUAUUGGUGUCCUAGAGAUGGUCAAAAUCAUACGACACGGAUAUCCAAUACGUCUCUCUUUCACAGACUUCUUGUCAAGGUAUAAAGAUUUGGCUGAUACAGCAGCAGGAGAGAAGAAGAAGUUGUCUGCCAAAGAGAGAUGUCGUCUUGUUCUUCAGCAGUGUAAAUUACAAGGCUGGCAGAUAGGAGUUCGAAAAGUGUUUCUUAAAUACUGGCAAGCUGACCAUCUCAACGAUUUGUGCCUUCAGCUUCAGAAGAAAAUUAUAACCUGCCAAAAAGUUGUAAGAGGAUUUCUAGCCCGUCAGCGCUUGCUACAGAAGAUGAGCAUCAAACAGCAAGAGGUCACCUCCAUCAAAAGCUUCCUGCAGAACGCCGAGGAUAUGGGACUGAAAACAUAUGAUGUCUUGGUCAUUCAAAAUGCAUCUGACAUUGCUCGGGAAAAUGACCGGCUCCGCAAUGAAAUGAAUGCUGCUUAUCACAGGGAAAAGUUAGAGGCUAGAAACAGACCAGAAGAAGUCCCUAAAAGAGCUGAAGACAAGGGUGGGAAGGUCCCUGAGGACAGCUUUGCCGGCUGUCGAACGCCUAAGCACUUUCAUUCCAGCUCUGUCCCUGUCCCCAUGGCAGUGGAUGGCUUGGUACAUUCUGCGGCUGGAUCAUCCAUCAGAUCCCCCUCCCUGCACUCUGUGUUCAGCAUGGAUGAUGGCAAUAGCCUGCCAUCACCAAGGAAACAGCCUCCUCCCAAGCCAAAGAGGGACCCCAACACACGACUGAGCGCGUCGUAUGAGGCUGUUAGUGCUUGCUUGUCGGCAGCUUCUAAGGAAACCGCUAAUGAAGUACUGACCCGUCCAAGGCCACACAGUGAUGACUACAGUACAAUGAAAAAAAUCCCUCCCAGGAAACCAAAACGAAGUCCCAACACAAAACUUAGUGGCUCUUACGAAGAAAUACCUGGCCAAAAGCCCGGGGAUGUGAAACAGGCAAGCACAGUAACUAAACCAGUUGUCUAUGACACUGUGACAGUACAGAGAACAGCUUCUGCUGAUGGGCCACAGCAUGGCACAUUGAGUCUGUAUAUGUCACAGGAAGAGGAGGAAAAUGAGCCUGUCUAUAUUGAAAUGGUAGGGAAUGCAAUAAAGAGCAGUUCUGCUGAAGCAGAAAGCCCAGAACAAGGAGAGUCUGUAUAUGAAGAAAUGAAGUAUUUUCUACCAGAAGAAGGAAGCAAUGGUAAUGGAAUAAUUCCAGUAGUGACUGGAUCUCCUCCACUGUUGUUUGAAAGCAAAAAAAAGGUUAAUAUUGAAGAACUGGAUGGAAACAGUCAAGCAGCUUUCAACUAUAAAGACUCAUGUGACAUUCCAGCCCCUUUUCCAAACCUGCUCCCUCAUAGGCCACCACUUCUUGUAUUUCCUCCAACCCCUGUCACAUGUUCACCUGCUUCUGAUGAAUCGCCUCUAACACCACUAGAAGUCAAAAAGCUUCCUGUCUUGGAAACCAACCUAAAAUACCCUGUUCAGUCAGAAGGCUCGAGUCCAUUAUCACCACAGUACUCCAAAAACCAGAAAGGGGAGAAUGAAAGACCAGCAUCUCCCGGCUUAGUUGUGUUCAACGUUUCCAGCAAAGUGACUCCUCCUUCAACACCCCCUCCUCCUCUCCCACCACCCCCUCCUUCAGUGCCACCUCCUAUUUCCUACCGGGCUUCCACACAUUUUGCAUUCCCUCCAGAGACUUGUGCUAGUUUUCUGAUUAAUACAGGGAAAACAGGAACAAACUCAGAUCUGUCAAAAGUACCUCAGAGACCAAGUCCUGCUCAACUUGGAUGCUCAUCUUCUCCAUUCUCCAAACUGCCUUACUCCCCAAAGUUGGCAAGAGCAGAUCACAGGAAAUCAAACUCGAAUUCAUCAUCUUCAUUUCCAUACAGCCCUACAAGCUCAAGGUCGUUGACCAGUCCCCUUGAUGAGUUAACUAGCUUGUUCAACUCAGGACGGAGUGUGCUACGAAAAUCUGCAGCAGGAAGAAAGAUCAGGGAGCCAGAAGGUGUUGAAACUAAUCUUAACUUGAGAAGCAGGGAAGAUCCAAAUACAUCAGAUGUUGGAUCAGAAGCCCAGGAUAAAAAUGCAAACAGCCAUGGAACUCAGUCAUCUAAUCCACUGUCCAGUUCUGUGACUGCUGAAAAUGGAAAUUCAGUGUCAAAUGGUUUACCGGAGGAAAAUGAAUAUUCAAGACUAUCGGCCAGCACUACAACAAGCUCAUCGAUUCAAAGACAUAGGGAGAGCCACACUAGUCAGGUUAUUCAUCAGCUUAGACUUUCAGAGAAUGAGAGUGUGGCUCUGCAGGAGCUUCUAGAUUGGAGGAGAAAGCUGUGUGAAGAGAGAGAAGACUGGCAGCAAAUCUUGCACAACACUGAGCAAAGGAUCACAGCCCCACCUCCACCCCCUUGUAAAAAGCCAACACUGCUGAAGAAGGUAGAAGAUACCUCCUGCAACAGACUCUCUUCAGGCCUAUGGGAUACCACGAUGUGAUUUAGAUGUGUGUGUCUGCAAACUGUUAGGAAUGAAACCAUGUGAUGAUUUCCUUCUGCACAAUCAGCCAGUUUCCUUCCCUCCACAAAGUGUGCAGGGAUUUUUUACAAGCACUCAUUCAAGAGCACAGGAGGCAGGAGCUAUGUAGAUCUAUUGUGUGUGCAUAUAUAUGUGUAUGUUUGUUCUUUUCAUAUAUAUACACACACACAUAUGUUGUGAGUAUAUAUAUAUGUGUGUGUGUGUAUAUAUGUGUAUAUAUAUGGAGACAAACUGCACUAUAAGUACUUAGCUUAAAAGUACAAGACCGUCCCGUAAAGCUCUCCCAUGGACAAUGAGGAAACUCUAUGUUAAGCAAAUGAGGAUGGGCAGAGCUAACUGACAGGCAUUUUAGAGAGAUCAGGAAAGUCUGUGUGCACACUGUACAGCUGUUUUAUAUAGUACAAAAAUAUUGUGUUUCUUGUUCCUCAAUGAAUGGUUUUAUUAUAUUACAUGUAUACAUAUAUAUAUUUCUUUGUAGAUGUCUGUGUUUUAUUGGAGUUGCAAACCCAAUAAUUAUUUACAUGUUUAUUACUGGUGUUUUAUAACUUUAUGCAAUUGGUGCUGUUGUUCUUUCUUCAAAAUACAGGUAAUAAAUACAGUACUUGCAUUUUUCUUUCAUAGUUUAUCCUUAACAACAUACCAGUUUCAACUCUGUGUUGUUUUUCCAGAACUGGCAAUGUCCUUUUUAAAAUCAAAUUGAGAAAUUCUUUCAAAGCUUCCGUUUGCAGGUGUUGUUUAAUGCUGUUUGCAGUCAUGAAUUAGCAUGACUUUCUUACAAUGGGCCUGUGUUUCUGAAUGAGUGAACUGUGAAUUCUUCAGUUACAUCUCAAAUCUUACUUCAUUCUGGGUUGUGUAAAAUAAUGAGGCACUCAUUUAGAUUAUAAGUAUGGUUUGAAAUUCAUACCUGAUUAUGCAUAAGGUCAGAUGUCAUUGGAAAGAUACAUAAUGGUAAUGAGGUAUGAAAGUAGGGCUGUGAUUUACUGUUAAAAGCCAGGAGGCUUUAUGGAGAUGGGUAUAUCAAAGGAUUUUGUCCAUAUAGUGGUACAGUGAUGCAUUUAUACUUCAAAUUUCAUGUAAUGAAAUGGUUUCAGAAAUUGGAGCAUUCUAGUUGGAGGACAUGAGUUCUGAGCAGUAACGUUAAUACAUGAAAAGCAUGCUGCUGGAAACUUGUUAGCUACUGCUCAGCAGUCUUUGAAAUACUGCUUUGCCAAUAAAAGGUGUAAUUUAUAUAUACAUAAAGGUAUUUUGUCAGGGGGUGCUUAUUUUAAGUUCUUAAAGCAUCUACAGCUAGUGUGAAGCACUGUUCUUGGCUGUUUGCCCCAUUCCUAUUGGGAUCCAGGGAAAAGUGCCUGUAAUUUUGCAAGUGGAUAUAAAAGCAAUGUUUUAAAAUGUAAGCUAGGUUAAAAAAAUGAGCUCAUCCUUGGUUGUAAAUUGUUGGGCAGGCAAAACAACAUGCAUAGAGAUGCAGAUUUUUCUGUCAUAUUUGACAGAAGUGUCAAGCAGGCCGAAUAGCACUAAGCAAUGCUAUGCUUCCUUGCUUGCUUGCUUGAUUAUUUGUUUUUUACAGGGGAAAGAGCAAAACUCACAUUGUCCCCCUGAGUCCCUGAAGAUCAUCAAGCUGUAGGCAGAACUUGGUGCCUUCUCUUGCUGGAGCUGAAUGUAGCCGUUCUGAGUGGACAAGGGGAGGUACCAGGUUAAGUCUCUGCUUAGUUAUGUGUUGAUUGUUCUCUGAUACCUAGGGCAAACAUUGCCCAACACAGAAUUUUACCUUGUUACCAGUAUUUCCUUCCGAGCAGUCCUCUGUGUAAGAUUACCCAUUAUUUCAUGGAGAAGCAGGGAUUCUGGACUCUAACCCUUACCCUCAGCUGAAGUAAAUGGUCGCAGACCAUUACUUUCCCAGUAGGGGCAAAAGGCAACUGUGUGGGUAUGUAGAAAACAGCUCCCACCCCCAAAGCAUUUAUGUCAGAGCUAGGCUUAGACUGGCAGGACUGAGGUGUCUGCCUUGCAGCUCGGCUAACUGGGGACACGCAGAGAUCGCUGCAUGAGAGUGAAAUGAACCGGAUGCAAGAGAGCUAAUUAACCUGCCCUUGCCACUACAUUGCUUCCAGGAUGCAAGUUGCUAUCUCUGUGUGGCACAGCAACACUGUAUAUAGCCAUAACAGCUUCUGCCCAGCUAGCUCAGCCAUCCCUAACACCUCACUGCACCGAGCCAUGCAGACAUGCCCUCGGGCCUAUCGCUCCUCAAACAGGCCUGGCAAAUAGCCGUCUCAUAAGCGCUAUCCAUAUUGCUCCCUCUAAUGCCCACUAGCUGGCUGGGUGACUGGUAGCAAUCAAUUCACAGCAGCGUGGAGGUUUAGGGCAAGCUGUAAAAGCUGUCUGAGAAGCCAGUUUAGAUCAUGUUGAGAUCCCUGCUGCUGCAAUUAGCCUGCUACCAGUCACCAAGCUAGCUAUUUGUAAGGUAAGCUUAUGUCUCUAGACUGCACUAUAGCCAUUACUGCGCCUGUAAUGUGGGAGUACCCAGAGGGUAGAGACUACAUUUGUCAAAUGGAGUUUAAAAACAGGAUCGCGCACAUUAUACUCUUUGAAAUCCUAACUAUAAGUUGUCUUAGAGCUGUGAUCAGCCUCAGCUCCAGGGGCUGAAAUGGGGUUUAAGGAGCCUUUCUGGUACUCUUUCAAAGUCUGUAUGGUAUCCCAGUGCAGCUGCAUAAGCCAUCUGUGGAAAAACAGGUACAUAGAUCUAGCAGUUUCAUCAAUACAGUUACACAGGAGAAGCCAAUACAAACCUGAUGUAGGCAGUCUGAUUCUCAGACAAAGGGCAAAGCACAUUAUUCCUCCCUGUGCAGAAAGCCACUGUCCUAUUUUUUGCAAACUUGGGUAACACAUGUAUUUUAUGGGGGGUUCUUCCUUAGAGCAUGCAACCACAGUACAAUACUAUGAAGUAAAUAGCAAAGGAUACGGGAUCUUUUUUAAAUUUUGUUAUUUAUUCCAGGGUUUACGAUAGCCAACUUUUAGUUUGCAAGAUUUUUCAGGCUAUUCAAUUAAAAUGCAAUACCAUCGGAAAAGUAUUUGUGUUAAAAGCAUGUAUUUCUCUAAUUACAGUAAGACACUCUGGAGUGUGACUUAUGAUGUCAUAACUCACACCUAGUGUGUUCAUUGGUCCCUUGGCCUUUGGCCUCCUGCCUAACAAUGCAGUUGGUAGGGAAUUAUUGUACCAUAAUUCACACCCUACUGUGUCUUAUUGCUUAAAUAACCAUACCCCCAGAAGUGUCUUAAAACUACCAUUAAAGUUUAUAUUGUGUAUCAAAAUGUGUUUACAGGGCCGGGAAAAUAUACUAUUGACAUUUUGAAAUGUUGAGAAGUAGUUUUAGCAGAACUGUACAGUGCUUGUAAAUUAAUCUCCCCAGAGGAGUAUGCACCAGCCAAUUACAGUAUUUCUUGAGUAUAUGAAGUUCUCGUACAUUAAAAAAUAGCUUAGACAAAAAAAGCCUUAUGAAUUCAAUAUUCUAAAGGGAAAGAUGAAACUCUAUGAACAUGCUAAUGCCCUUAAUAUCCAAUGAACAAUCUAACAUGUAUUUAUAUUUGCAAUAAAGCAAUUUCAGGAAGGUGGGGUUAUCAUCAGAUAAUCACACCUCCACAUUGUGCCUUAUUGCUUAAUUUUUCAUGUGUGAAACAAACAAAACUUCUAACAAAUCAGCAUCUCCUUCAGUGUAAGACAGUAAGAAUCAGAUAUGUUUUACACUUUACGAAGUCAUUGUGAGCCAAGCGAAUUCUAAAACCAUAUUAAAAAAACCCAACAGCUGUUGGCAUGAGAAAUUUUUAAAGCCUGCAGAUCUUCCUUGUUACUCCUGAAAUAGCACUUGGUGGUUUUUAGUUGCUGUAGUUACAAUCCUAUUGCAGAUUAAAAGCAAACCUUGCUUCUACUGUUUAAAAUUGGAUUUAGAUGUUUGGAGAAAUACAUGCACCAAUAUUUUACAAAACAUCUGUGUACAGCAUGAAGCGAUAAGCCUUUUAAAACUUUGUAUUGUUUACAAAACAAUAGUAUGAUUGUUGAAUAAGUGAAUUAAAUUUCCCUUUUUUGACAGUGAUCCUUUUUAUUCCUUCUAAAAGGUUGACUUAUGUUCAUUAAUAACUUUAUUACAUUGCAGGUCCUUUUUUUGUGGGACAAAGAAUUUCAUUAACUUGCUAAGAAAGCAUGAUAGAUUGUAGCAUAGUUCUAAAGUGAUAGUAAUAGCCAUAUUCAUUGUAGUUUUUAUUUUGCUCUAUACAGUACUAAGAACCCUAGUAAUCACCUUAUUCUUAUCUUUAUAAAGCCUGCUAAUAUCUGAAAUGCUCUGAGAAGCCUAAAAUAAAUUUUGCCAUUCUCUUGUUAAAUUUAUGUAAUUAAACUCUGUACAAGUCAGUUUUCCAGAACAGUAUUAAACAUUUCAUGGCUUUGUA